AUGGAUGCAAGAAAUAAGAGAUGGAAAUCUUAUAUAGAGGAAAAAAUAGAGGAUUACAAGUCUGCAUUUAAACAAAAAGGUAUUACAGGACUCAAUGAAGCUAUAUGUGAAGAAUUAAACGCCUGGAAGAAUGAGCCAGUCAACAUUGCAGUCACAGGUGCAUCUGGGGCUGGUAAGUCAUCACUAAUCAAUGCAAUACUUGGACUUUCCGCGGAGGACGACAGAGCAGCAGCAGUAGGAUGCACCGAAACAACCAUGACUAUUAAAUCUUACAAACACCCGAGAAAUAAAAGAUUCAUGAUCUGGGAUUUUCCAGGAGUAGGAACAAAAAAAUUCCCGAAAGAGUCUUAUCUCACACUGACUAAUUUUGGAAAUUACGACUUUUACAUUUUAGCAUCAUCAACGCGUUUUUAUGAUAAUGAUAUAUGGCUUGCAAAUACUAUAGCGAAGAUGGGUAAACAUUUUUAUUUCGUCAGAACAAAAUUUGGAAAUAACGUUGAAAGUGAAUGGAAAAAACAGAGGAGGAAGAAAAGAUCAAAAGAAGAUAUAGAGAAGGAUUUGAGAAUGAAAAUCUUUGAAGAAUGCAAAACAAACUUAAUGGAAUUUGAAUGUAGGAAUAACAUUUUUAUUGUAGACAGCUAUGAAACAUACCAUUAUGACUUUAUUGAACUUGGAAAAAGAAUUAUCAGAGAUGCUUCCGAAAUAAGUGAGAAGAAACAGACAGUCAUUAUUCUUUCUUUGUCAGCAAUGACAAAACCAGCAAUUGAAGAAAAGAAACAUAUUUUGCAGAAGAGAAUAUCACGAACUGCUCUACGCGCUUCAUUUGCUCUUCGAAUAAAAAGAUCCGACGUGCGAAUAUUGAUGGAAGAAGAAGCAUUCUACAGGAACCAAUUUAAACUCGACGCAGAAUCGCUUGAAAAAGAUGCCAUGGCAUCUAAUAUUCAGUCGCAGUUAACGGAUUUAGAGCUUAAACUGCAAAGUACAGGAGGACAAACGACAGAGAAUGAACAUAUUUUGAAUGAAGUAGAGAGUUUGAUACCUUUUUUGUUGCCAUUUGUAAAUAUUGUUAAAACAUACAAGCUGAGUAAACUGUGGCUACGGAAUACCCUUGAGAGCAUAGUGGACUCUGCAAUCGCCGUGAACGAAGCUAUGGUAAAAGGACUCGCACGGUCUUAA